AUGGAUGACAAACACGAAAAUUCUCCCGAUGAGAACAACGGGGUUAUUAGCCUCAGCAACAGCCCGGAGAGCACUAAUGAAGCCGAUGCGAAGGGCCCUCAUGUGUGGCUUGUCGGCGGCGGUAUUGCAUCUCUUGCCGCCGCGGUCUUUCUGAUCGAAGAUGCAAAGGUCCCCGGGGAUCAUAUCCACAUUCUUGAGGCGUCGGCGAAAGCUGGUGGAUCAAUGGCGACGUUCUCGAAGCCAUCAUGGGACACAGGGUAUCGAGUAUCUGCGAUUCGAAAAAUGAGCCUUACCUAUCAUUGUUUGUAUGGGAUGUUGGAAAAGGUACCGUCUGAUGUUGAGGGCGAGACACUCGCAGCCAAAUUACACCGGUUCAACCAAGCAAGGAGGAAACUCGGCGCAUCGGGAACGAGAUUAGUGAGGCAGGUCAUUGAUAACAAUGGGAUUGAGAAACCCGAAGCCGUUGAUGUGAGCACAAUGGGUUUGAGUGUCAAGAACCAGUGCGACUUGAUGAGAGUUGUUCUCGAAACGGAGGAGGAGCUGGAAGGCCUUGAGAUCCAGGCUUUGUUUGAACCCGAUUUCUUUGAGACGAACUUUUGGGAUUUAUGGUCGUCGCUCAAUCGGUUUCACCCUUGGUGUAGUGCUGUUGAGUUCAGGCGGUGUCUGCAUAGGAUGUUGCAUGAGUUUCCCAACAUGGGGACACUCUCUGGCGUGGAGCAGGCUCCCGAGGAGGACUUUGAGGCGAUCAUCAAGCCUUUAACGCAGUAUCUGAAGGCGAUGGAUGUUGAGUUUCGGCACGGCAUUCAGGUAAGCGGGUUGGAAAUGGAGGAUGUAGGUUCCGAUUUUCGAGUGUCGGCCCUGAAAACAUACCAAGACAACAAGCAUGUCUUGAUAACAACUGGCCCUGAUGACCUUGUACUUCUCACACUCGGAUCCCUGACAUCUGGAAUGGGAUACGGCACAAACGACCAACCGCCGCCGACGAUGGAGCUUCGCGAUUCAGCACCGCACGAGCUCGAUCCUUCAUGGACCUUCUGGGAUAGACUUGCGAUGGAUCGCCCCAAGACAUUUGGUAACCCUGAAGCAUUCUUCGACCGACCUUCGAAGUCAACAUGGCUCUCCUUCACAGUCACCCUUCGCGACCCAGCAUUCUUCGAGCACUUACGUACCUGGACCGGCACACUAACCGGAGCUGUACCAUUAAUAACCUUCCGCGACUGCCCCUGGAUGCUGUCCCUCACAAUUCCUCAACAACCCUAUGUCAGAGAUCAACCCUCCGACGUCUUCGUAUUCUGGGGUUAUGGCCUUUUCCCCGAUCAACAAGGCCGCUACGUUAGAAAACCCAUGCUCGAAUGUACUGGCGCCGAAAUCCUCACCGAGCUUCUUCACCUCAUGGCCUUCCCCCUCCAGCCCACCCUCGAGCGCUCCAUCACAAUUCCCUGCCUGAUGCCUUUGAUCGGAAGUCCAUUCCUGACACGAAAGAAGGGCGAUCGACCAAAGGUAAUACCCGAUGGGAGCAAGAACUUGGGCUUGAUGGGACAGUUUGUUGAGAUUGAGCGGGAGGUGACGUUUACGAUGGAGUACUCGGUUAGGUCGGCGCAGUUGGCUGUGUAUGGGCUUAUGGGAUUGGAUAAGAAACCGCCGGGGGUGAUGGGUGAGGAUCAUUCUGUAUUGACGUUGGGGAUGGCGUUGAAGACGAUGAUGACUUGA